AUGGAGGAAUGGCAGGUCUUGUUUGGGAACAUGAAGAGACAGAUUGCCGGGUGGUUUAGUCACAAGAAAGAAACGCCCUUAGAACAAGAGGAGGCUCAACUCCUGAAAGACAACCAGGAAAAAGAAGCACAAGAAGCUGAACUUCGUCGUCAGGACAAGAAAGAUGCUCAGCGCAAGAAAGAGAAAGAUGCCCGCCAGAAACAGCAAGAGGUUAAUAAGUCUCCUGUUGGCGAAUAA